CCCUCUCUCUAUUUCUCCCCUGUGUCUCCCUGCACAGUGAACCACAGCCUGAGACAUGCCUGCUCUGCUCACACUGCUAAAUCUUGCAAAAAGAGAGAAUUAAAGCAAUGCUGUCAGUCAAACUUCACCCUAAAUGUACCUCAGUGUGAGUGCUGAGCGUGUUUGUGAGCAGACCCUGAACAAAGAGCCGUGCUGGCUGCUGGUAGGGAGGGCUGGGUUUGCUCUCCACACUGCGAGCGGAUCCUUUAGACACAGCCAGGACCAGGAUCGGACACGAGGCAGCGGGCUCGAGACUGUGAUCCUCCCGGCCCGGCGUCCUGACGUCAAUUCAUAAGGACCCAGCAGUGCCGGGGCGGCUGGCAGAUAACAAGGGCUGAAGGAAGACAAAGAGAGGAACCGGACCAUGCUGAUCUGAUAUUCUCCAUAUCCUGCUGAGCAUUCUGUGACUGACCACGGCCUGAGCUGAAGAGGCGGGGGUCCCAAUCUCGAGAGUGUAUGCGUGUGUGCAGCUAUGGGGAAAGACUACUACAAGACCCUGGGCAUCCCCAAGGGCUCCAAUGAGGAGGAGAUCAAAAAGGCCUAUCGGCGCAUGGCACUGCGCUUCCACCCUGACAAGAACAAGGAUCCCAACGCUGAGGAGAAGUUCAAGGAGAUUGCAGAGGCCUAUGAGGUGCUCAGCGACCCCAAGAAGAGGGUGGUGUAUGAUCAGCUAGGAGAGGAAGGUUUGAGAACAGGAGGCAGCAGCUCUUCAGGUGCUCCUGGCAGCUCGACGUACCACUACACCUUCCAUGGAGACCCCCACGCCACUUUUGCCUCUUUCUUUGGCGGCUCCAACCCCUUCGACAUGUUUUUUGGCUCCAACCGUAGCCACAGCCGCUCCAACGGUUUCUCCUUCCACAAUGACCAUGAUGCAGAGCAGGACAUGGAUAUGGAUGAGGAUGACCCCUUAGCUCAUAUCGGGAGACAGUUCGGCUUUCCGACAGGGAUGAACAAUGGCUUCCCAGGGGAGGGCCGCAGGAGGAGGGGUGUGCCGUCAGAGCGCCUGGGUACCGGGCGAAAGCACCAGGACCCUCCGGUGGUCCACGAGUUGAAGGUCUCGCUGGAAGAGAUCUUCCACGGCUGCACCAAGCGCAUGAAGAUCACCCGCCGCAGGCUGAACCCGGAUGGGCGCAGCAUGAGGACAGAGGACAAGAUCCUCAACAUUAUCAUCAAGAAGGGCUGGAAGGAGGGGACCAAGAUCACCUUCCCAAAGGAGGGGGACGAGACCCCGGAGAACAUUCCUGCCGACAUAGCCUUUGUACUUAAAGACAAAGGACACGUCCACUUCAAGAGAGACGGUUCCAAUAUCAUUUUUAACUGCAAGAUCAGUCUAAAAGAGGCGUUGUGUGGCUGUACAGUUAGCAUUCCCACGCUGGAAAACCGCAUCAUCUCGCUCCCCUGUCAUGACAUCAUCAAGCCAGGGACGGUGAAGCGGCUCAGAGGAGAAGGUCUGCCUUUCCCCAAGAACCCGUCACAGCGUGGUGAUCUCAUCGUGGAGUUUUCUGUCCGAUUUCCCGACAGGAUCCCCCCUCAGUCCAGAGAGAUUAUCAGACAACACCUCCCCCAGUCUUAGGAAGACUCACCUUCAGCUCCUCCACCACCAAACACUCCAAACUAAAUUACCCAAACCCAGAAAACCAACACUUAAUUCUCCAGGUUCGACCCUCAGCAUAGUUCCCACCUCCAGUCCCCAAGUCCUGAGAUAAUGCAUGCAGCAUUAAACAGACACUGUAGUUUGUAGGGACUUCACAGUGGGAGGAUGAAGGAAGAAUGCCGAGACGAAUGGCAGUAUCAGGAUGUGAUUAUUUGUUUGUUUUGUCUUUUGGCUCAAACAUACAACACACACACACACACACACACACACACACACAUACACACACAGGCACCCAAACAGUGGAGCAGUGCUGAGGAUGGGCUCAGCACAACCGUGGCUUUUACUGGUCUUUUCUUAACUCUGUUUUUUACGGAUUUAUCAGUGGUUUUAUAUGCUGUCCAACUCUGAUCCUCGUCUUUUUGUGAUAGGAUGAAGCGUGAGAUAUUUUUUAAAAAGAAACAUUUUUUCCAGGUUUUUCUUUUCCAAAGGAAGUUUCAGAUAGGAUUAUUUAUUUUUACCUUGAGUGUUCCAGCAGCUUAAGUGUGUUCAGUGCAAACCCCAGUUUUAACAUAACCCCUUCCCCCACUCGCCACCUGCUUUCCCAUGCUUUCAGUCUGAUGAAGCAUUGUGCUUUAAGUCUGUAGGCCGUUUAGUAAGAUCUGUCUCUCCUAAAAUCUGUUGUAUCCUGAUGCGUGCAAUGCCACAGCGCACUUAAAGUCCUGCGUUACUCCAAGAAAUAUUAGCGUAUCUCAGCUGCAGUGGAAAAUCUGGGAAUGACAAUCACAUACUGUAACAGCAGUGUAAGCUUGGAUAAUACAAUCUGUACAUGAUAUGGGUGCUUUCCCUUCUGAACUGAAUAGCCUGGCUCGCUAUAUGAGGGACAUUUAGGUGCCUUAGCCCGGUGUCAUGCCACACAUGUGAACACACACACACAGGUCACACUGUAAUAUACACAACCAGCCAUGUUAAGUGCACAACAGACGAUGCCCUAUGCUGUGUUAGACAUUGCCAUCGGGAGCUGGUGAAAACACAGUCCAUAAGCAAUGUGAAGUUGAUCCCCAUAAUGUACUGUAUGUAAGCAAGGACAUUUUUAGGAAGAGAUUUGAUACAAAACUGAUGAAUUUUGCCAGUGCAUCCCUGUAAAGUGCCGUACAAGUACAGGUUGGAUUUCCCAGAGGAGUGAAAACAUUCAAUUAAUCUGAAUUAGUAAGUAGUUGAGAUUUCUCUGGGAAACUCAGCUUUGUUGUGUAUAUUCUGCUUUCUCUUGUGCCAUUUGAAGGCCAUGUCUCGGUGCUACUGUGAGCAGUGCCAAAAAUAGACACCCUUGGUGUCUAAUUAUUGGUUUCAUGGUUUCAGUUUGUGAUUUGAUAAGUGCUUCUGUCCUCUGUAACAUGUGUACAUCAAACUUUACAUCUGUUUUUUCAAGUAGAAAACCCUGUUUAGGAAACAGGUUUUGUAAUAUUGCAGCAGCUGUUCUCUGUCUCAGCUGCAGGGGGCUCUGAAAGCCAUCUUCAGCUCUUCCUACUGUAGUUUGCAGCAAUGAUAAGAUGUAUGUGUGAGCAUGGUUUGUGCAGGCAGCACUAGUAGGUCAUUUAGAUCAUGUGUAUGGGAAAAUGUUUGAAUGCAACCUGUUGAUAAAUGCACUUUUAUGUCAAAGAAGAUACUGCAGUAAUUAUGAGAUGAUGGGAGAGACUUGAAUGACUUGCCUGAGUGUGUGAGCGUCCUGCCUCUCAGAGCCUUCAGGGACGCUGGACUGUGGCUACGACCUGAAUGCACAAGCGCUGCUGCUGCUGAGAGACACUGUCACUGCUUAUGAGCAUUUGACAAUAUUUAUGAUCUUUUCAAAAUGCCAACAAAUAAACCAAAUGCGUGAACUUAA